ACAUGGGCUUAUUUUGUGAUAUAGCCGCAUACAAUACUAAGACGGCGAAAGUUCUAACUCUGAAGAGCGGACAAACAUGUACGGAGCCUAGUUUGGCUAGAAUGGAAUGGCUAUCCAAUGACUUGGGAGUGCAUGCUGCCUAUGAUGUCCAUUUUCCCAUCACUAUCAGUUUUGCAGUUGUACUAGUACCAGUACUAACUAGGUAUGUGUAUUGCCAUACAAGUCUCAGAAAACGUGAAAAGAAAAAAAAGUGGUUUACAGUGCUUCAGGUGCCUGGGCUAGACAGUAGUGCUGGAUUAAUGAGAGCCAACGCCUGGUUUACCAAGAAAGGAAAACGACACGAGAUACCGUAAGACAGUAACAUUCAAAGAAGAGUUCAGGAUGGGGUCUGGUGCCUCUAGGGAGGAGGAUGUUAUCCGAGAGAAUGGGGUAGCCCAGAGUCCGGCUGUCUCAGGCCAAAGGGUGCCUCCAAUGACACCAUCCACCAGCAUGCAGGGCUACGCAGCCACACACCCCAGUCAUAACAGGCCCGCCUCGCAGAUAAGCCGUCAGCUCUCAAAGUCAUCCUUUGCUCGCUCAGAUGGUGGUCAGUCUUCCAGACCUAUCCUUCAACGCAAAAAUACAGUCUCCAAGUUUAUAGAAGGCUACGAACAGGCUGAAGUGUUUGUUUCCAAAUCAGGAUUUUCUAUGCAAAAUAUACAAAUUAUGGAAGGCCAGACGAUCAAGUUCAGGUGGGACACCGAAGAUAAUACCUCAUUAAACAUCAUUCAGGUUGUUCAUGAUGGGGAGAAAUUACGCCCAGUCAUAGGAGGCUAUGGCUGCUCCCAAUCACAAGCAGAUGGUCUGUUUGAACAACAGUUUAACCUGGAGGGAGAUUACAAAUUUGCCAUAUCUGGCAUUCGCUCCACCCCUCUGACUGUUUUGGUACGACCUAGAGUUGACCUUCAGGCUGAAGUCACAGAUUAUGGUUUCAGCCCCAAAGUUAUAAACAUCGACAAAGGUCACACAGUAAAGUGGUCAUGGGUCCAGUGUAGUGUACCUCACUCUGUGCAGGAAGUCACAUACGAUAUUUGUAAAGGGGGAUUCGUCAAACCAUCAAACGCAAAUUCAAACACGUUCACAUCAACUGUUAGUGGAAGUUACAGACACUCAUUUAAGAGGUCAGGCCUGUACUAUUUUCAGACAGAUGGUAUGGAUCUUGGAAAGACGCACCUCUGUAUUGUUCAUGUUAGAGAAACACAGAAGGAAUGCAAAGUUGAAGUUUUAGAUCGCUCAUUUAGUCCAAUGAUUGUGUUGAUAGAAGAGGGAGACAGAGUCUGGUGGCAUUGGGACAGGUUCAAGUGCAAGAAGUUUCACAGUAUCUAUCAGAUUCAUGCCCCAGGGAAGGAUCAUCCACCCAGUGAACAGUAUGAGCCUGUUAAGGAUGGCUUCAGAUGGACUGCUCCAAGUAAGCAAGGCUUGUUGUCAUACCAGUUCCAUGUGCCAGGUGUUUACUAUUUUUCUGACCAAAACUUUGAAGAGGCUGCGGAGUACAUUGGGACUGUGAUUGUGAAGCCGAAACAGAAGGAACAUUACAUAGAACUGUCUGAAAACGGCUUUUCUCCAGACCUUUGGUACACACAGACUGGUGAUCGCAUAUGGUGGACAUGGAGUGGUCAUCAUGUGGACAGGAUGGAUUCUACCUUUACUAUCUGUGAAAUAGAAAAGACACUUAACCCGGCCACCAAGCAGGAGUCCACUGAUGAAGGAGCACAGUGGCAGUACAUGGAUGAAGAGGCAGCAAAGCUAUGCACAAGGCUGGGCCUUGCCACUGUCCAGUACAACACAGUAGGGGUUUACCACUACAGGGUUACUGAGACCCGCAAUGCAGUCUCCACCUGCUCUGUCAUUGUCAACCCUGGGCCUAAGAACUACACAAUUCACCUGACAGACAAUGGCUUUGAGCCUAAGGUGAUGACAAUCCGUCCUAAUGACAGAGUUUGGUGGGUGUGGCAGACUGGUCAGAAGCAACACAACAUAGUGCAGGUGUCUCACCAAGGUAGCCCAAUAGAAGGUGGGUUUGGUAGUGGAGCUCCACGGGAUUGUCCCUCGGCUUUUGUCCACCAGUUCCACAGUCCAGGUGUCUUCUACUUCAAAAGUCUGAAUUUGCCCAAAAUGUUUGGUGCUGUUGUGGUGUCCACACAACCGCAGGUUCAUGAAGUGCAAGUGGCACGCGCCAAGCUGACCCCUGACCCCGUGGUUGUCAUGGUAAAUGACAUUGUGUGCUGGGUGUAUCCAGGUCUGCGUCACCACCAACUACGAGAGGUGAAAACAGUCGAUGAGAUUCUUAAAACCGACUCGACAGUAGCCAUUGCUCCCAGGCGGUGUAUGUCCAAAGCUAUCACUCAACAGGGAGUGUUCCACUUCUGCAGCAAGUCUUUCCAGAAGGGCAAGAAAGAUAAGGAUAAUAAUGCUGAUGAAGUUCGUCUUAGCACAGUGAUCUCAGACGAUCGAUUUGACAAUUCUGUGGUUCAAGUCAACAAGUUUGGUUUCCACCCUGCUCAACUCUACGUGCAGAAGGGAGAGAGUGUCUUGUGGACGUGGAAGAUCAAUGACGAACCUCACAACAUCAUACAUGUUACAGCUGCUGAUAGUCAGGCACCCUUGAAUGUUGUCCAAGGCCCGAAAUCUUUCAACAGUGGAAAGCCUGUCCCAAAUAACAGUUUUCUGUAUACCUUUGAUGAGAUAGGUGUGUUUACUGUGGCUUCCCAAGGGGCACCUGGCUGUUCAUGCACCAUCCAUGUCCUGGAACAUGCUGAGCGCUGCAAGGAACCUUAUAUUGUGUCCAGUCCUAAUGGUGGCACAGUAGAACGAUACACAACUGUCCAGUUGCACUGUGACACUCCAGGUGCGAAAAUCUUCUACACCACGGAUGGUUCAAAACCAGACCUUCAUUCACAGUCUUCUGAGGUGUAUACAGACGGUGUGAUUCUGAAUCACUCUGGACUGCAUUUUAUAAGAGCCAUUGCCGUGUGUGAUGGUGUGCUAACCAGCCAUGUGAUGACAUCCAAACGUUACUGGGUUCUCAGUCAAGAAACAGAUGAUGAAAUAGAGAGUGAGUCCAAUAAAAUGGUGGAAAAGGAGGUGCCCCUAAAAGCCCCAGUGAUGGACAUGACGGAGUCUUGGAAGUGGUUGUCUUGUGCGCCAACAAUCAAGGGCUGUGUGACUCAGCCGGGAGAACUAGAGAUCUUCUGGGAACCUCCUCCUGCAGAUUGUUUGCCCAUGGUCUUGGGGUAUCAGAUUUACCUGAACGGCAUCAGUUAUUGUGAGAUGUUCCCACCUGAGCAGAAUACCAUCAACGUGGCUGGUCUGGCAGGAGGUCGACAGUACGAGAUCCAUGUCUCCGUCUUCCCAAAGUCUGAGAAGUUCUCCCAUCAGGAAUCCAAUAAACUGUUACUAAGAUGCCCUCUUGCAACCCAUGAUCAUGGUCCAGUGAUAUCUCUAGAAACAACAAAUCGACCAGACUCUUUAGCUGUUGUUUGGAUGUCCAUUGAUACAGAAUUUGAGCCCAUCACAGGCUACAUUCUCUUCCUGAAUGAUGCUCAAGUAGGACAAACGCUUGUUCCUGACAAGGACAGCAAUCGAUGCAAGGUUGUGGUUGAAGGUUGCGACCUUGAUGUUUUGUACAAGGUCGUCGUGUUUGCUCUUCCUAAGGGAAUAGCAGAUAUCUCCAGCUAUAUUAGAGGGGCUGGAGGGAAGCCCAAAACCUCCAACCUUUUGGAGAUUCUGUUGCCCCUGAAGACAGCACCAAUUGUUCUUCCCCCUCCUCACCGACGAUUGGAAGAUGAAGAUCUAUAUCGUGAAUUUCUCGAAAUCCGUGAAGGAUCCGGUUACCUGCCCAGUAUGGAUCAAGUUGACCAAAAUGUGGAAGGUGCUUCGGAGGCUACCCAAACAGUUGCCAGACGACAACCAAAAGCCUUUUACCUUAUACUGUGGGAUGGUGCUGAAGUGACAUCACAUGACAUCAGCAAAGGGACACAAACCCCAUGGCGUGGAAAAGAAAUCCUGGACCCGUCCCAAGUUGGGCGGGACUCAAGAAAGGGCAUGGGUUAUGGUAGUUCUGAUUCUGAAUCGGGUACAGAUGAUGACGAGCAUGAAGGUGAAGGCAUCUGCACGAUCAACAUGACUGGGUCAGGACAAACUGUCAUGGCCGCUGAGCAGCAGCGCUCAGGCCCUGCAAGAGGCACAAAUGGUGGCGUAGAAAUUGAUCUGGAUGGUGUGGAAACAGCAGAUUCCACCAUUGUCACACAGGCUCUUGUGCAUGAUCGUGGAGAUAGACGACCAAAGACAGGAAAACCAAAGAAAUUGCGCAGACGAAAAAGACCCAAAUCUGCAAUCAUUGAUGUCCACGAUGCUGCUGAGUUUAAUGCUGAUGAAGCUCUGUAUGAAGAUGGCAGGAAGAGGCUGCGAGUGGUUAAAAUUCCUGCUUUGCGAUCAGCUCCACCUGGUGAGAGGCUUCCAAGGCCAGAUCUGGAAGGACAGUUCAUCGUGUGUGAUGCUGAUGGUUUGUUGCCUGCUCCAUCAGUUCUGGUGGAAAGUCGUGGUCGGGACAGUGUCAAAGUAGAGUGGGAGUUACCCCGGCAACCUGACCCGGAAUACAGACUCCUUAUCUAUGUCGUCAACGUGAUAGGGGAAGCUUUUGACUCCAAUGUCAAUAGUGAUAUGAGCUUUGACUGUAAUGUUGAUGACAAAGGGAAGCGUGUGUCUGCCAUCCAACAUUGCUGGAACAUAACAGGGAAACACAAGUGCCUUAUCCAAGGACUAAUGCCAAACAGGCUCUACAGAAUUUAUGUUGUGGCAAACUACACCAUGGUUCAUGGACCGAAACCAUCUGAGUUCCAGACAACUUCAUCCGUGCUCUAUUAUACAACACUCGGGGCUCCGAAACCUCCAAACCUGAAGAUUCUUAGUGUGGAUUUAUACCAGACUUGUUUGGAGUGGGAGUUAGCAGAAGUCCAUGAAGACUACAGGGUCAAAGGUUUCCGCAUCUUCAUUAACAACAAGCAACAUCCUGACCUCCAGCCCAGGAGAAUUCGCCAGCUUAUCAUCAAUCACAUGAUUCCAGGUGAUACCCUAUCUAUAGCUGUCAUGGCGAUCUCCAAGCAUGCAGGUUACAACAGUGACUUAUCCAGGACAGUUCGGAUUACCUGUCCUCGGCGUCCCCCUGCUCCCAUCAUCAGUCAGCAGCCCUCUUACAAAAAGGGCUGUGUAUUAGUGGCAUGGGAUAAACCCACUGGCCAUAUGCGAUCUGGAAGAGAUGAUGAUAUUUCUCUUUACUGUGUGUAUACAGAUGAUAGAUGGUAUGGAGAAAUUCGUGCAAAUGCGUCAAGUGACAAGCAAGGGUACCAGUUCUUCCUGACAGAUCUGACACCAGCCCAAAACUAUGAUGUGGCUGUAAAGACAAUCUGUGGCCCGCGGCGAGUGGACAGUAAAGCUGACCAUGUAUUUUGCCUUAGUGACAGUCCUUUUUCUAAUGUCUUACCUGUAAUGGCACCUGCUGCUCCCCACUCCCCCAAGCUCCGGAUUGAGGGGCUACAUCCAGAGGGCAUCGAUGUCACCUGGCAAGUGCCUCAGCAGUACGGGGAUGCUGGCAUCUCAGGCUAUCAAAUGCUGAAGAAUGGUAAGCUAUACGGCUCAGUAAUUCCUCCAGAUGUCAACAGCUUACGCAUCAAGGAUCUAAUACUGGGAGAAAAAGUGACCCUACAAGUGAUUGCUCUAACAGAUCACCCUGUGGGCAGAUCUGACAUGGCACUGACCGACAAGGAUUCAGGCAUUGAUGGUUCUAGCCAGCCUGAAGAGAGGGCUGGUACCUUAAAGGUAAUGGCUUUUCAGGUACAAAAUAGACCACGGAUACAUCAGAUUAGUGAGGAUCUGUUAGUUGGGGAGAAGUAUGCUGGAUGUAAACCUGGUGCCCGUCUGGUGCUACACUACAGUGGACUGGUCAUACCUCCCUCUAAAGUUUGGGCAGAGGAAGUAACGGGUCAUUCAGCCCUUGUUGUCUGGAAAGUUGACGACCAUCCAAAGUCUCACUUUGUGCGCGCUGAAAGUUAUCAGGUGACCUGGUGGCCAGGUGAUAAACCUGAGGAUGACAUCAAUAGUGAUAGCACAACAGCUGACCACUUACUAAUUACCAACCUGAAACCAUCAACUACCUACACUGUUGUUGUUGAAGCCAGAAAAAUGCAGAGAUACUCUGAUGUGGAUGAAGAUGGCAAGACCACAGAAGAUGAUGGGCUCAGUGCAUUUAUCUUGACCUCAAAGUCAGAACAGAUGAAGAUAAAGACGGCGAGUCCACCUGAGGCUGCAACUCACCUGGGUGUGGUUGCUACUACCUGUAACAGUAUCAGGCUUGCCUGGAACCCACCCAAGGAGCAUGGUGUGGAAGUCAUAGGUAUCCGUGUUGACUGCACACCUGCGAAGAGUCACAAUCCAGACGAGCAUGUGUGUGUAGACCUUAUGCCAGAUGCCACCACUGCCAUCCUGGAAGGGCUAGCAGAGCACACAGACUACAUGAUCUGCGUCACUGCCGUCACACAGGAGUUCUUCGAAACACUGCCGGAGAAACACCGUCUAAAGAAGCUUCACGCACUGCCCAAAGAUGCCCGUGUGGGACCUGAUGAUUCCCAGUGGUUGCCAUGUGCAACUAUCAUGGGAACAACCUCAGGGACAGACCGACCAUGCAAUUUGCAGGUGAUGAAAGCAACCACAUCAUCUCUCAGCAUAUCCUGGACGCCAGCGGUGGCCUAUGGCUCAAAUGUCCUCCAGGGAACAAUUGUGCGCUGGGUGGACCGGCAGACGGCAAAGAACAAGGACGAAGACUUAAUGGUUGCGAGUUACGUCAACCUGUUGGCCAAUCAGAGUACCUUGACCAUAGAGGACUUGAUUCCGGGAGCGCAGUACCGAAUAGUAGUGGAGGCCGUUGUAAGUCUGAAGACGUCCUUGGACGCUGACAGGCCAGAUGGCAGGAAGGGAGAGAAUCGACGCACAGCUCAUGUGAUGUCUGAACCGUUGUAUACAAGGACAAGAGCCCCAACAGAGCCCCCUCGUCUCCAGCUUGUGGGCUUGACGUCAGACACCUGUCGUCUUUACUGGGAGAAGCCGAUUCUUUUAAAUGUAGUAAGCAAGGAUGAAAACGAUCAGCCGAAUUACGUACGGCGUUACCUGGAAGGUUACAAGAUCGAGAUAAACGGCAAAGAACACAUGACUCUCGGCCCGUCAGCCCAAACCUGUUCCUUGACCAAGUGUAAGCCAGGACGGACAUACAGCGUAGUGUUGGUAGCACUAAGCUGCACCGCUGAGGUGAAAAAAGACAGGAAAAAGCGACACAAGACCCUGUUCAAGAAAGGAGGGGGUCAGUCUGAAGAAUACAGCUUGGUGUUGGAUGAUGAGAGUGAUCUGGACACAUCGCCAUCCGAGCCCCUGCGUAUCACUAUGCCAAAGCCUCAAACAGGUUUUCUAUCCUCCUUGGAAGGAGAGUUCCAUCGCAGUGAGUCUGAUGACCGUAAUUUAUGUGGAGAAAUUCAGCUGAAAUGGGAAACGUACGGGGAAACGGUCAACUUGUUAAGGCAGUUCAACAUUUUGUGGUUCAGUGAGGAUGACCGUGUCAUCCAGACCAAAUAUGUAGGACCAGAUCAAAGGAGCUGUACCAUUCCAGUCAUCAGUAACAAGGUUGUGUACAAUGUGAGCGUUGAGCCAUCCUUCUACUCAGAGACACCCCAGAGCUCCCCUCAAAGCCUUCAAAUCAUGAUCCCUGGGCAACCAGAUGCACCAGAGAUAUUCCUGGAAUCUGUGGACACAGAAGAAUUCGUUGUGGAGUGGGGAGAGCCACGUCUCUAUGGAGGUGUCAAAGUCAGAGGUUAUCAGGUAUACCUGAAUGAUCGCAAGGCGGGGAAUGAGCUGAAUAGUUCUUACAGAAAAGCAAUUAUACCUUGUCGCCCUAACAGACAUUACAAGAUGAACCUGAUAGCUUUAAGUGCCAACCCAGAAUAUCCUGACUCUUUCAAGUCUAACAGUUUACUGAUCAGCUCUGGACCACGGUCUCCACGCCAUGGGGAGGGGUCAAGCACAAUGACCUUGGAGGAUUGGUCAUCGAUGACUGAUGAUCAGGAGAUCAUGCUGAAGGUCAGCAGCAUCACAGAUACAGCUAUACACCUGGACUGGUCAACUCACCUGGAGACGGAUGGGGUCAGGUGUUACAAAGUUCAGUGGAGCAGUGUAGCACAGCCAGAUCAAAGAGAGGUGAAAUUGGAUGUCAGCGAGUCCAGCUGUGUGAUAAACAAGUGUUUGCCGGGCACAACCCACUUUGUGAGGGUGAUUUCUGUGUCUCCGGAUGGUAAUAUUCUGGGGAAGUCUCGACAACUGACCAUACAGACGUCUGCACCACCAGAUGCUCCAAAACUGGCUGUCAGAGCAUGUAAUUUCCGCUACAUAGCAAUACAGUGGGAUAAGCCGAUCACAUAUGGUGAUGCAGGUAUAAAUGGCUACAAAGUGUACAUAAAUGGUGUUGUUGAAGCGUCUCUCACCCCGCAACAGCUCAGUUUUACCUUCACACAUGGGGCAUGGUGCCAGGAAUAUUGCUUCCAAGUUCAGGCCAUGUGCACAGUAGAUAGACUGAACAGCAAAAUAUCUGAACCACUGAUAAUAGCCUGGCCAGGGGUCAAAUCCCCUGUUCUUGAGCGUAUACCGACGGUCAGUUCCAGAGCAGUGAGGGUACGCUGGGAAACACCAUAUUGUACAGAGGGAGUGACAGUAAAACACUUCAAGCUGCUAUGUGUUGAUGUGAACACCGGGAAGACUGUCCAGUCUCUUGGACCUUUGCACCCAAACAUGAGAGAGGCAGAGAUCAGGGGUCUGCACAAGUCUAGCUACAGUCUCUACCUGGAAACACAUGUACAUGGAACUAGUGAUGUGGUGGUCUCGACUCCCAUGAGCACCCACCCUGCUGUAUUACCUGAUCCCCCAGAGUUGGUUGUGUCGGUGAUUGGGCUGGAGGAGAGGAGGCAGCUGAACCGAGUGACAAGCGAACUUGUCAACAAGAGGGACAGACUGAUUAGAAAGGUGGGACAUCAGAUCAAAAAGAUGGGAAUUGCAAACCAUGCCAAAUUGAAAGACAAAAAUCAGGAAAUCCUGAAGGCAGCUCAGACUUUGUCCACUAUUGAGGACCUGUUAGAAAGCUGCUUCCACGGAUUGGCUGAGUACUCAGGUCAUGUGAUGGUGCAUUUGAGCUGGCAAUGUAUACAGACAAACAGGGAUGUUGAGGUCACAGGGUACCAGGUGUUGGUGGAUGGAAAGCACUAUGGGAAUGCUCUUGUGCCUGGAGUCAGAGGGGUUAGGGUCAAGUUGGAUCUGGACCAGCCCAGCCACACCAUCAGUGUCUUAGCCUUGACCAGUAAUCAGAUUGUUACCUCUGAAUCUAACGAGGUGAAAGUUCUGACUGAAGCUUUCCAGCCAUUCUCCUUCUACUGCUACCAUGAUGUGCACCGCAGAUCUGUCAGUUGGCCAUCCCGGGGAUGCUGUCGAUUUGAUGACUCUGUCAUUUAUGAACGACAGCUUGCGAAGAAGCUUGCCAAUCAGGGGCUUCUCAAGAAACAAGUACCGCCUCCAGCAUGCAGUCUCCUAGAUGUCUUUGAUGGUGAAUUUAAACCUCUGCUCACACACAACAAACUGUCCCAUGCAACUGUGAUGCUGUUUUGGACUCCAUGGUGCUUAGCUUCCAAAGGUGUCAUGAAUCACUUUGUCAAGUUUGCCAGGGAUAAUUCCAAACGACACAACUUCAUUGCGAUUUCAUCAAACUAUGAUGCCCGUCAGCCUCAUGACCGUCAACAGUUGAUCCAUACCAUCACAGAGAAUGGCUGGCGGGACGACCUGGCCGUCUGGCACUGCACAAGUCACUGCGCCUCAUCCGUGUCCACUCUACCUAACAACAUCAGCAGGAGCAAACUUGCCAAACCUGGGCAGUAUCCUGAAGAUGACUAUGACACUGGUGAUUUUGUGGAUAUAACUGAAUUACUGGGGAUCGCUGGUGUACCGACUUUUCUGUUUAUCCAUCAAGAUGGUUACAUUGCUUGGCAUGGUCGAUACUGUGCAAAUAGCUAUAAAGACUUCAGUGGCUUUAUGAACAGAACAUUUGAAGAAGUCAGUGGAGGAAUGUUGAAUCAUGAUAUUACAGACGACACACAAAUUGAUCCAGAAAUAUAUGAUGUAUUACUUAAGUUUGAAAGCUCCACCAGCAACCCUUCCACAAUGAAGGUUGGUGUAACUGAAGAUGUCACUCAGGCUCCAAUGCUCCUCCCACUGUCAGACUAUCCACCAUUCAAUAGACGUCCAAAAUCCAGCUCCUCCCAUCCUGACAACCACCCUGGAAACAAGAAACGAUUGUCUUCACACAAGAAAAAGCUUUUGAGGGGAAAGAAGAAAGGCGUGCGUUCAGGGUCUAACACUGUGCUUUUCUCAACAUGAGAGAAGUUUUUAUUUGGCUAAACAAAUCAAAACCUACCAGCAUAAAUAAAAUACGCUCUUCAUGGUGUCACGUACCGUUUUAUACUAGAUAUUUGUUGUCAUAGUUUCCUUUGAUUUUAAUGGAGUAUUUUAACAUAAGUUAAUGUUUGUUUGUCACUACAAGCUGUGAUUAGUUGUGUCAAUGUAUUCAAAUUCAAAAUUUGAGUGAAUAUUCAACAAACUAUAUUUCAUUCUAUUGUAGCUUUACAACUAAAAUCAAAUCACUGCUGGUGAAAAAUAAACGUGAGCAGGUUUUAAUGCAACACUUGCUUUAUAACACAACUUUAUGCUCAGUAUUUUCUUUGUGCUCAGCACAAAGAAUCAUUUUCUUAAAUAUUAAUUACGAAAUAACCAAUUAUAUGCAUCUUGUGUAACUGUUUUUUAAGUUAAUAACAGUUUGAACACUGGUAUGGUCUAAUUUUUGUUGAGAUGGAAACAUAGAGAGAAUGAUGGUUAUUGUGAUAGAUAGGACAAAUACUUAGGUGGACAGACUGAGCAUUGCUCAUUGCAUGGGGUGAAAGAAGAAACGUUCACCAGGUGAAGUAUGGUGAAAUUGUCUUAUUAUGGCAACAGGUAACAGCUUCUGAACAAAUACAUGUAAGCCUACAUCUGUCAUCAUAAUUGGAAUGGUUACCCCCCUUUAAUACAAACAAAAAUUCCCCUGCCCAAGGUUGCAGGGUAGGGUAGUGUGUUGUAACUGCUGGUAAAAGAUCUGUGCCAAAUACAUGGUGGUUUAUAUGUGUACCUGUAUGUAGCAAAGGAUAUUCAGUGCUGUUGUAAUAAUGUCAUAGAACUGUGACAGAAGACUGAAAUAGAUUUUACCUAUAUGAGGUACACAUACUUUCAUGGGAAACAGUUUGGUGAUAAAUGGGUAUGAUGAACUGCUCAUUGUAAUGCAAAAGGCUGCUGGGAAUUGGAUUUGAAUAUAAAGUCAUAAGUGAUAUUUACUUUAGAAUACUAGGUGAAGUAUGAAACCUUAUAUGCAAGUGUAAACAAUAACGUGUAUCUCUAUUGAUACUUGUAGAUUUUGACACAAUCUUUAUAAAUAUAUAUAUAUUUUCUGAAAAUCUCUAGCCACUAACUUUGUACAUGAAUAUUUUUCAUCUUGCACGACUUCUGUGAUAAGCCAAGCUUUUGGUUACCCAUACAUCAAGUUUAUAUGAAUGUGAAAUUAUGUAUAUUACAGUUUUUUUUGUUCCUUUUUAUGUGCACAUUUUCGAAUACCUUUCUUUGUAAGGAUUUAUUUUUUCUCUUAUCUGUGAUGUCAUUCUAAUGAUAAUUACAGUACACUUGAAGUUUGUGAGAUUUAUACCGUAUCUUUUAUAAAGUAUUCCGUUUUACUUUCAGGAUAUGAUUAAAUUGAAUAUUUAUUGGUCCAAGCUUGUGAGAUAAUGUUUCAGCCAUAUUCUUAUAGUAUUUCAUAUAAAAAGGCUUUUUCAUCCAUAUACUCGCAAACUGUACCAGGAAUUCCUGUGGCUACCAGAAUUAUAUGCAGAACAUAUCACACCCAGUGAGUUACAUCCUCCUAGGUGGCAAAUAUAAACGAUACAAUAAAAA